AGAUGUGCUUCAGGAGCCAAAUGAAGGUGUGAUCAUGUGACCUCUGAACUCGGUCGCUGUCCUUGGUGCUGAAGAUCGACAGGAGCUGUCUGCGGUGCUGAACAUUUACAAUCUCGCAGUGUGAGCGCAGCACUCGGAGACGCUCUGCUCCUCCUCCAGAUCUCUGUGUCUCUCCGUCUCCCUGCUGCUGCUGAUCACUUCGUCUGAGGAGCGCGAGCGAGAAGGAUUGCAGCGAGGUCACUCUGCGAAAACAGCAACACACAUCCAAACGCAAUGCAGGCAGAUGGGAAGGCAGUGGAUGGCGGCCUGCUGCCUGAUGCCAACGGGAAGGACCCGAACCCUGGUGGACAGACAGAGGGCUCCAAGUGGCAGAAACCACGGCUCACACGCAAAUCUCUGAUGAAUUGUUGUCUCGUCAAGUGGAUCAUUGCCAGCACCACGCAACAAGGGCCAGAUGACAGCUGUGACGGAGAACUUGAACUCUCCAUGGUGCGUCACCAGCCCGAGGGCCUCGAUCAGCUCCAGGCCCAGACACAGUUCACCAGGAAGGAGCUCCAGUCGCUCUACAGAGGCUUUAAAAAUGAAUGUCCCAGUGGGCUGGUGGAUGAGGAAACUUUCAAAAGCAUUUACUCUCAGUUCUUCCCUCAAGGAGACGCAACCACGUAUGCACAUUUCUUGUUCCAAGCAUUUGAUAUGGACAGAAGUGGCUCCAUCCGGUUUGAGGAUUUUGUGAUAGGACUGUCUGUGUUGCUAAGAGGCUCUGUCACAGAGAAACUUCGAUGGGCGUUCAACCUUUACGACAUCAACAAAGAUGGCUACGUUACAAAAGAGGAAAUGAUGGCAAUAAUGACGUCAAUUUAUGACAUGAUGGGCAGAUAUACCUUACCCAGUGUACGGGAUGAUUCUCCAUAUGAGCAUGUGGAGAGAUUCUUCCAGAAAAUGGAUCGGAACAGAGACGGCGUGGUGACUAUUGAUGAGUUCAUAGAAACCUGUCAAAAGGAUGAAAACAUUAUGGCUUCCAUGCAGCUCUUUGAGAACGUCAUCUAAUUUCUGUUCAGAGACGGGGAUCAGUAAAGCGCUUCCAGCUGCAAAUGAAAUCACUUCAUCCUUCCUGGAAAGGGUAAACCAGGUCGUGCAACAUAUUUGACUCAUUUGAACACACAGUGGAAACAACUAUUACUUUUCCCGUCCAACUGUUCUAUGCAGAGAAGUGUGCAGAAAUCACCACGAGUGUUUUUUUGCAUGACAAUUGUUUUUGUGUACAUGAAGGGAAUGUGAAAAAAGUCACCAUACCAGAUGAGCAUGAGUGAAUGCCCAACAAAGCAUGUGAUGCAAACUACAUUGAAGACAAACAAAAAGUAUAUUUAUGUUUGAGUUCUACAGAUUGUUGUGUCCUAAAUGUGACCCUGUCAUUGACAUGUUGACGCAAAACCUGCUGAAAUAAAUAAACUACCUUCACAUUCUGAAAGAUCUACUGAAUAUCUUCACGACACACAAAGCAGGGAUGUGUGCAAGCGGGGCUUAAUUAUUUACAGAAUAAACAGUCUUGCACAACUCAACAUCUUGCCAUGAUUACAUCGGACGUCUUAUAUUUGAAGUUAUGUAACUGUUCGGCUGCAAAACAUCAAUAAAACCAAGUACUAUGCA